CGCUCUGCUUUCUCUCUGUACCAUCACCAAGAAAAAGAAAACACCCAACAAUCAUCAUCAAUGGCUUCUUCUUCACCCUCAGACACUUCUUCCAAGCUUCCCCUGAAACCAAUACCUGGAAGUUAUGGCCUUCGCUUCUUCGGAGCCAUUAGCGACAGACACGAUUAUUUUUACAGACAAGGUCGUGACAAGUUCUUCUCCUCUAGAAUCCAGAAGUACAAGUCAACGGUUUUCCGUACGAACAUGCCUCCCGGCCCUUUCAUUUCUUCCGACCCCCGAGUUAUCGCCGUCCUCGACGCUAUCAGCUUCCAGAUUCUCUUCGACAACUCCAAGGUCGAGAAACGCAACGUUCUUGAUGGCACCUUCAUGCCCUCCACCGAGUUCACCGGCGGCUACCGCGUCUGCGCCUUUCUCGACACCUCCGAACCCUCUCAUGCUCUCUUCAAAAGCUUCUACCUCCACCUCCUCGCUUCCCAACACCACAACUUCAUCCCGCUCUUUAGGGACUGUGCGUCGGAGCUCUUCGCCGGUCUAGACGACAAAGUCUCCGAGAAUGGCAAAGUUAGCCUCAACACCUUCAGCGACAAAAUGUCUUUCGACUUCGUGUUCCGGCUCCUCUGCGGGUCAAACUCAGACCCUAAGAAUACCGAGCUCGGGUCGGAUGGUCCAAAACUCUUCGAGAAAUGGUUGGGUGUGCAGCUCGCUCCCCUUGCCACCGCAGGGCUUCCCAAAAUAUUCGACUACGUCGAAGAUUUCUUUCUCCGAACACUCCCGUUUCCAGCGUGUAUCGUGAAGUCAGACUACAAGAAGCUUUACGACGUAUUCUCCACGGCUGCAUCGGCGACGCUGGACGAAGCGGAGCGUUUCGGGCUCAAGAGAGACGAAGCUUGCCAUAACCUUAUUUUUAUGGCGGGCUUCAACGCUUACGGUGGGUUCAAGAGCCAGUUCCCUUUACUGAUGAAGUGGGUUGGAUCUGCCGGAGCCGGUCUCCACAAGGAGCUGGCCGACGAGAUCAGGACCGUCGUGAAGGCGGAAGGCGGGAUCACAUUUGCGUCGCUGGAGAAGAUGACUCUGACAAAGUCGGUAGUGUACGAGGCACUAAGGAUCGAACCUACAGUGCCCUACCAGUACGCUAAGGCGAGGGAGGAUCUGGUGAUCCAGUCUCAUGACGCAGCAUUUGAGGUCAAGAAAGGAGAAAUGAUCUUCGGAUUUCAGCCGUUCGCUACGAAAGAUCCUUGGGUGUUUGAGAAUCCUGAGGCAUUUGUGGGCCAUAGGUUUGUCGGGGAAGGGGAGAAGCUGCUAAAGUAUGUCUAUUGGUCAAACGGACGAGAGACAGAGGAGUCAUCCAAAGAUAACAAGCAAUGCCCGGCGAAGAAUCUGGUGGUGCUGCUGUGUAGGGUAAUGCUGGUGGAGUUCUUCUUACGUUACGACACGUGCACCGUGGAGGUUGGCAAGAGCAGUUCAAAUCUAGGAGCAUCAGUGACGUUCACUUCGUUGACUAAGUCUUCAUCACAUUGAUCGGUGAUAAUAUCAAUACCCUUCGAUCUGCUUGGAAUGUGUUUUCUGUCUGAUUUUGUUAAGUAUGCAGCAGGAAAAGUGGUGGUGUGCUGCUGUGGAGACGUGUCAUGUGUGCGUGAAAUUCUUUAAACAGACAUUUGCUUGUGGAGAUUGAGGAUUUACAUGAUGAAAAUAUAAAAUAUGCGUAGGUCAUAGGGGUGUGGAGACAUGCUAUUUGUUAGGCAUGACUGAUUUAUUGGUACGGUUCUGUAUUUUGAAAUUUUUAAUACACAU